CUCCCCUUCCCUCCCGUCUGUGCUCAGUCAAGGUCCUCUCGCCCACCCCACGCAAGAUGACAGCAAGCUGAGCUGUCUUGCCUGUCCCCCGGCUAAAGGUUAUCACCACUCGUUGCUGGCGAAGGGAAAGGUCGGGUCACCGCGCGGAGAGGGGAGGGGGCAAUGAGUCCCCCCGAGUCGAGGGAGAUAAGGGAGGUGACGGCCUCCAUCGGGCGGGGUGCGGGCCGCACAAGGUAUAAAUCCUCGGGGGCUACCUGGAGGCAGGGCAGACGUGGACCGGAGCUGUGUGUGCCGCCCCAGUGCUGUGUCCGGCAUGGCCAGGCUCUCUCUGCUGCUGCUGCUGCUGCUGCUGCUGGUUGGGGAACGAUGGCCAGGGGCGCAGGCCCGGGCAGCGCCCUACGGGGUGAAGCUCUGUGGCCGGGAGUUCAUCCGGGCUGUCAUCUUCACCUGCGGUGGCUCCCGCUGGAGGCGAUCCCAGAGUCUGGGCACAGGUGCGCAGGCUGGGCGGGGUGAAGCCUUCCCCGAGGUGGUGGCAGACCCAGACAGCCUGGUCGCAGGAGAGCUGGAGGCCACUGUGAGCUCCAGCGAAUGGCUGGCACUGACCAAGCCCCCCCAGGCCUUCUACAGCGCUGGCAGCCGGCCGGCCUGGCAGGGAGCCAUCCGAGGUGGCCGGGAUGUCCUGUCAGGCCUCUCCAGCAGUUGCUGCAAGUGGGGCUGCACCAAGAGUGAGAUCAGCGUGCUAUGCUGAGUCCCAGCCUGAGACCCCCGGCCGCCCCAGGGGUCCCGCACUGGCAGGCAGCCCUCUCCUGCCCCCUGCCGCGCCCUGCCCUCCUCCGCGCCAUCCUACAUCCGAUGUUCCGUCACCUGGGGAUCCCAGACUUGCCCUCUGAGCUCAGGCAUCAUCCCCUGUCCAACAUCGCCCCCCCCCCCAAGGCCGCGACCUUGAGCUGCACCCCUGACCUUGUGCUGCUGGGAGCCUAAGCUGCGCCCUGA